UUUUUAUCUGCCGUACUCUCCGUGACAUUUCUUUAUUCUGAAAGUUUUUAUUAUAUUUAUGCGUUUUUAUUAGAUGUAAGAUAAAACGAUAGAUUAAAUAUUUAUAUCAACAAUGGCUGGAAUUAAGGGUUUGGUGUCAUUGGCCUUUGCAGGCUCAAUUGGGAUGACCUUUGUUAUAUUGGCUUGUGCCCUACCACAGUAUAAAUAUUGGUGGCCAUUCUUUGUUGUUCUCUUCUAUAUAUUAUGCCCCAUCCCCACAAUGAUAGCAAGACGUCACACGGACAGCGCUGGUGGCACCAAUUCGCCUUGUAUGGAGACUGCAAUUUUUAUAACUAUGGGCAUUCUUGUUAGCUCCUUUGCUCUACCCAUUGUACUUGCUCGUGCUGGCGCGAUAUUUUGGGGUGCAUGCUAUUUGACUCUGGCUGGCAAUGUGAUUGUAUACCUGACUAUCCUUGGAUUCUUUACCAUCUUUGAUAUGGACGAUUCAGAUUAUGCAAUGUGGUGAGAGAUCUAAAAAUAUUGUCUUUGCCAUAGACAAUUGACCAGAGACAAUUGUAAUGCAAUUUUUUUUUUGUAUUAUAAACAAUGUUGUGGUUAUAUCUAUCCAUGUUAAUUUAAGUCUGAUAUACUGAUACUGAUAUUCAUAAUCGAAAUUUUUUGUUUGUAUUUUAAGUCAAAUAUUUAGUUGACUUGCUGCAUUAUUUGUUGUAUCUUUCUAGAUUAAAAAAUGUUUAUGAUUAUAUUUGAUUGCAGGUUAGUCUACUUAAUUAAGUGUAUGAAAAAUUGUAGGUGUAUUUUUUUACAUAUUAGAAAACUAAUCAAAUAUGUUUAACCUUUAAUAUAAUACAAAUAUUAACCUUAGCUAGUUAGCUAUACUAACUCAUGCGCUACUUUAUUUCAUCAUUCUGUUUAAAUAUCUUAAUAAAGAGUUAUAUAAUUUCAUGAGAUUAAUUAUUCUUAUGUAAAAUUACAGUGUAAAUAUUAUAUUGAUUUUUUUUUAUAAACAACUAAUGCAUGAGACUUAUGUGGUGUAGUAGUUUUUAUCUGAAAUAUUGAGAAAAAUAACUUUAAACUAUUUUAAUUUUAUCUUUUCAUACUUAUCUGGUAUAUAAUUAUAUUCAAUUUUUAUACAAUGGAUGUUUAAUAAACUUUCAAUAUAAAAUUGUUACUAAAAAUAUUUAAAAUAAAUUCAAUGUUAGCAUAAGGCUUUCAUGAUAAGAUAAUGUCCUACUGCUUUUAGCUGCAUAUAUGUAUAUUACAGGAUUUUUAUGAUGUAAUACAAGGCUUUGUCAUAUAAACUGUUAAAAAAAGUUAUAUAAGAUACAAUUUAUUAGUUUCAAUUUCACUCAAAGUAUAGAAAUAAUAUUUGGUGUUUCUAGUGAUUCUUUGUUCUAUUUCUAAAACAUUUACAUUCCUGUAAUGUAUAUUGUGUAAAUAUAGUAUUAAAAUUGGGUCACAAUAAAACUGUUACUACCUGC